CUUUUCCAUAUCGAAAAUUUCGGCUUCAAAAGUUCGGAUUUGACAGCCACCUCCAUAUCACUCCCCAGAGGCUCGCGUAUCCGGUCCACUCCCAUUCAUCCCAUUCCUCAAUACCAUAUAAUAUAUUGGUAUUGAUAGGGAACAUCGCUCCGGUUUAUCCCUUCAAUUGGCACCUCGCCAAAUCAUUUUAACCACAGGCAAGAUGACGAGCGUCGAAAUGAAGCCCGAAUAUACGAUCAAGCCGGAGAGCUCGGUGCAGGAGAUUCCCGGCUCGGAAUACCCAUUGCUUCUCAAAGACUGGGACAAGCUUCUGGUCCGCACCGCCCACUACACCCCCAUCCCUGCCGGCAGCGAGCCCGAAAACCGCGACCUCAAAUCCUACGUCAGUUCCGGUGUCAUCAACCUCGACAAGCCCGCCAACCCGUCCAGCCACGAAGUCGUCGCCUGGGUGAAGCGCAUGCUUCGCGUCGAGAAGACGGGCCACAGCGGCACCCUCGACCCCAAGGUCACCGGCUGCCUGAUCGUCUGCAUCGACCGUGCCACCCGCCUCGUGAAGGCCCAACAGGGAGCCGGAAAGGAGUACGUGUGCGUCGUGCGCUUCCAUGCGCCGGUGCCGGGGGGUGAGAAGUCCGUGGCGCGCGCUCUGGAGACGCUGAGCGGUGCGCUGUUCCAACGGCCGCCCGUCAUCUCGGCCGUGAAGCGCCAGUUGCGCGUGCGGACGAUCUACGAGACGAAGCUGUAUGAGUACGAUGAGCAGAGGCAUCUGGGCGUGUUCUGGGUGAGCUGCGAGGCCGGGACGUAUAUCCGAACGCUGUGUGUGCAUUUGGGUGUAUUGCUGGGCGUUGGUGGGCAUAUGCAGGAGCUGAGGAGAGUGCGCAGCGGUGCGAUGCACGAGGAGAAGGGAUUGGUCACGAUGCACGACGUGCUGGAUGCGCAGUGGGCGUAUGACAACAAGCGAGACGAGGCGCUGCUGCGUACCGUCAUCCAACCGCUUGAGUCCCUCUUGACGACCUACAAGCGCAUUGUCGUCAAGGACACCUCGAUCAACGCCAUCACCUACGGUGCGAAGGUCAUGAUGCCGGGUCUUUUGCGAUACCAGGCUGGAAUCAAACAGUUCGAGGAAAUCAUCGUCAUCUCCACCAAGGGCGAAGCCAUCGCCCUCGCUAUCGCCAUGAUGUCCACCGCCGACCUCGGCAGCUGCGACCACGGCGUCGUCGCGAAGGUUAAGCGCGUCAUCAUGGAGCGGGAUCUGUACCCCAAGCGAUGGGGGUUGGGACCGAUCUCGAUGGAGAAGAAGAAGAUGAAGGCCGCUGGCAAAUUAGAUAAAUUCGGCCGCGCCAACGACGACACCCCAGCCACCUGGAAAAAGAGCUACACCGACUACUCCAACACCGGCCCCAGCGCUGCCGCUGCUGCCGCCACCGGCCGCAUUGAGGAGAUCAAAGACGACGCCCCCGCCGCCGCCGCCGCGAAGCCGCAGGAGCUGAAGUACGACGAGGAGCCGGCCGCGCAGGCCACCCCGGGGAAGGAAGAGAAGGCCGACAGCAAGAAGCGGAAGCACGACGACGGCGAGACGGCGGAGGAGCGCGCGGAGCGGAAGCGGAGGAAGGCGGAGAAGAAGGCGAAGAAGGAGAAGAAGCGGGAGUCGAUGGGUGGAGCGUCGUCGGAGUAGAGAUUCCUGUUUAAAGCAAAAACAAACCGGUCGCCUGGGGUUUGCUGAGUCGUCGUUCGUUGGUUGCCUUGGAAGGCGGUCGGCUUUACAUCGUCGUCCCGUGGCUGGGAGAAAAGCUUGGGGGAUCAAUGGGACACCGGCGAUCUGGCGCACUCGAUGUUGGGUGGGUCUUUUGCGUUUUUUCGUGACGCCGUUCAGUUUUUGUACGGUUACGCGACGGGGCGUUUCUGGAUCUCUUGCAGUGGGGGGAGCUCUGCGUUUUGUAGAGUUCGAUGAAAACCGUUCACAUUCCACCAGUUCACAUUCAAUAGUGAUCUCUCUCAUGCGACAUUAUCGGUGCUCUUUGCGCACUCGUUUCCCAUGUUUUAGUGGAGGGAACAUCCCAACUCCGUGCUUAGUCAAUCAGUCAAUCUACUGUAGUGAUUCCCAGCCACGAAUCGCCGA